AUGGCGACUUCCAGGCUCAUUCCCAAGUGGAAUGAUUUUUUAAGGCUUCUAAAUGACACCAUUCAAAAAAGCAAGAAACCCACAGCGCAGGAACAGAGUGACGUAAUCGUGUUGACUGAUCGAUCCCAAAUACUGUUCAAAGAAUCUCGCUAUCCUCUCACUAUGCCGACUAUAUGCUAUUACUUCAUCGAGGCCCACUUCUUUGCCUCUCUCUCCUUGGUGUCAUCCUACAUAAAAGAAGCACUGGCUGUAGUGUGGGUGAAGAACAAAACUGACGACAUAGUUGAAAAAAGAACAUUCCCCAUGUCGGAGCGACUUCGGCCUGUCCAGGCAAUAGUGCACACAGGCGCCCUUCAUCUCAUCGUGGCCUACUGUGGCGACAUGAUCCUGAGGCUCUUUGGGGACCAUUUUAGGGCAUUCAAGCCCACGGGUACUGUGCCCUGCCGCUUUGACAUCAGCUGUCUCUGCUUCGAUCCAGAAACAAAGAUGCUUCUGUCCGGCAUCCUGGGGGGAGUGGUCACCUGGAACAUUGAACAGACUGGCAAGGGCCUCCGCAUGCUGCAAAUAUCUCCCAUCUCUGGCGAUGAGAUGGUCCAAAACAUCGCCCUGAAUGGCCCGAAUGGCUGCAUCUUGGCCCUGUGUGAAAGUACGCUGAGAGUCCUUCAACACCAGGGCCAGGGUCAACUGGAAGAGUCAAAGAGGUUCGUAGCCACUAACUGCAGCUCUCCCAUCACCUGCUGCUUCACGAGCCUUGAGGAGAACCUUCUCUAUGCUGGGAACAAGGCUGGGGAGGUCUAUGUAUGGACCUUCCUUCAAAGCCAGUCUCUCCACAGCUUCAGAGCCCAUCCCACAGUCGUGGUAUGUAUACAGAGCCGGGCGGAGCCCCACACCCUGCUGACAGCUGGCAAGGAAGGCAUAAUCAAGGAAUGGAACCUCACUUCCGGGAACCUGCUCCGGCACCUGAAACUUGGUGAGGAGCUCUAUGGCCUCCAGUUUAUCGACAACACGACUUUCUUCUGCCAGACGACGCAUCAGUUUUCCUUGCGCCGUCUGCCCGGCUUCUACAGCCUCUUCAACAUCUGUGGUUCCAUCCCCCAGCACUUACGCCGAGUCCGCUGUGGGUACAACUGCUACCGGAUCCUGUGUGCCACUGAGGACGGCCUGCUGCGCUUCGUGUCUCCCGUCACAGGAGAGCUUCUGCUUAUCACGUGGCCUCUCUCAGUCCUCGACCAUGCUGUGGACUGGGCCUACGAUCCAAAGAAAGAGGAGCUUUUCGUAGCAACAGGCACCUCAGAGGUGCUAGUGUUUGACACAAGCCGCAACCCUUGCCCGGUCAAGUAUCUCUUGUGCACCUCACCGGAUACUAAGGACUCCGUCCAGUGCCUGGCUUAUGGGAAUUUCCAUCUGGGGAGGGGGCUGGAGGGCCUGAUAUUCUCUGGGCAUCAGAGUGGUAUGAUAAGAGUGCUUUCCCAACACAGCUGUGCCAGAAUUGAGAAAAGUGUCCACUUUGGGGCUGUCCUGGCUCUGUCGAUACUCUACGGGGGGCUUAUGACGACCCGAGAAAACUCUCUGCUCUGCUCCUAUGGGGUAGAUGAUUACAUACAAUUGUCAGAAGCCGUGUUGACCGGGACCCGAUUACAACUUAGGACCCUGGCUUGCAUCCUCAGCAGCUGCCCACUAAAACACCUGGUCCUCCUCCCAAAGGCUGUAGGUGCCAUUACCAACACCAACUGCCUACGGCUCUGGAAGCUCCACGAUUUUAUGUCCUUUGGGACAAGUCAAGGCAUCAAAUUCAUAGAGACACUGCCUCUGCACCAGUGUCCCAUCACCUCCUUUGAUGUCUGCUUGUCUUUGAACAUUUUUGUCACAGGCGGUUCCGAUGGCACCGUCCGCAUCUGGGAUUUUCAGGGUAGACUGAUAGCCAUGCUGGACUCCUCCCUGCAGUUUGGUUCGCUCUGCUUUGCCAACGACCGGGGCGACCUGCUUGUGACUUUCAACCAGAGUAUUUAUUUGGUGUCUUGUUUACAGCUGUUACCCCCAUCCAUACUCGCUCAUCUCGCCCUUCUGAUAACAGAUGACAUGGUAGAAAUCCCCAAGCCUUUCAUGCCAAGCUUCUUCUUUUCUUUUGAGACCUUAUUUGUGCCUAAGUAUAGCUACCAAGGUCUACAGAAACAGGACCUAGUAGGCCUGGUAAGCCUUUCCAAUAAGCGGGCUAUUGCCUUUGAUCAUAAUGUGCCACAUGUCAUAGAAGAAGAUGACGAUGGCAGCACCGUGUUACUGACUGGUCCCCGGAAUAUUCCUUUGCAGGAAGGUGAGUUGUUGCAUGAGUUUGACAAGCAGCCCCAGACUCACUAUGUGAUCCCUCCCCAGUUGCAGCUGACUGCCUGGGACGGGCUGAAUCCCUAUCAGAUACUCCAAUGCUACUUUGGAUGCGGGAGGAAAUGGCUUCUUGCUCCCGAUUGCUACAUCCCUAACUCAGUGAUCCGUGCCCGUCUUUGGCCAGAGGGCAGUCCAAUAUUCCUCAAGUGCAGCCUGCACCCACCCCAGCGGGAUCUGGAAUGGGAGAAGGGUCAGCCAUUCUUCUGGCAGAGCAAGAUAAGAGCUAUGACUGAAGCACACCAAGAACCACAGAAAGAGGAUGAAGAUUUCCUAGAAACAAGACUAACCAAGGACAUCACUUACAGCGUCCUCACAGAUAAAGCAAAACGCAGCUGGCUGGGGAAGAGGAUGAGCGAUGUGGCCAUCAGUAGCCUGAUUGAGGCAAUCCUCAGCAUCAUGGUCCAUGCCAACCCACUGAAAUACCAGUGCUGUAUUGGUGCAUUAGGACAAAUCUUUGCCUCAUACCAGGUGUCUCCGGCUCUUCGUUCAGAGACAGCACACCGUCUGCUGGAUGACACAACCAAUCCCAACCCACUCGUCCGGGAACUAGCCUGGGAGGGGCUGAAGCGCCUAGGCAUGAUCAGUCGUCUCUUUGCCUUGCCUCUGGUCCAGGGAUUGAUGGACAAGGAUCAGAGAGUGAGGAGCAAGGCCCUGACCAUAAUGCCCGACACUGGAGUCCAUUCAAAGAGCUCACUGUUAACCCUGAUCCAGAAGCCAGGCAUUUUCCAGGAGCUGCAGCAAGAGAUGAUUGGGGAGGAGUCCCUGGACCAUCUUCUGGGACUGCGGCCCACAGACAUUCAAAUCCUCAUUACUCAAAUAGAGCUGCUGUUAAAUGAUAACCUGUCAGUGUCUAAAGGAGGAGAUAAGGCUGAUUUCUCUCUGGAAAUCCCGGGGUCUUCUACACCUAGACAGGCCAUCUCCUUGCUCCUACUUCCCCCAACUCCUGAAGUACUUCAGAUCAAGGCUGCCAAAAGCCAAAGACAGAUCCGGUCAGCGGGCAGAAAGCGGGCCCGGAAACUAUUGCGAGGCCUCAGAAAGGUGAAAGAGGCAACUAAAGUACAGAAACAUGAGGAGAUAAUUGAUCAGGGUGAGGCAGAAGCAGUCCAGGCAGACCUCAAAAUAGCCCCCCCCAGGACUUCAGCUGGUAGCCUACUGAAGAGCCCCAAGGAGAUUGAAGUUUCUGAUAAAGAUAUCUUGAAGGAACACAUUUCUGUGGCCAUGAGACUGAAGAAAAGGCUUCAUCCAAGAAUCCGAGAUAAAAAAGACAAGAAAACUCACAAAGUCCGAAAGCCCAGGAAGAAGAAGAAAGAAACUGAAGCCAUAGUUGGAGCUGUUGAGUGGCGGGAUGAUCUCUGCCGGCUCACAAACCUGAGGAUAGCUGAUUCCCAAUCGUGGAUGGUGGAUGACCUAAAUGCUGAGCUAGUGGCUACUGCGACAGAGACCCUGGCAGGUAAGUAUCCGAGCUGGGAGCUCUUUGAGGGACUAUGCCCCUUACUGGGGGAAGAAGAGAUUGCUGAGGCCGAGGCUGCGGCUGCGGCUGAGGCUGAGGCCGCGGCUGCGGAAGAAGCCUGGGCCCAGACUCAGAGGGCAGUGCUUUGGGAAGACUGGAAGAAAGAAUGUGAUAAGAAGCAUUUUGAAGAAGAGAAGAGACUCCAGGUGGGAGGAAAGCUGCAGCCAAGUGAGGAAGUAGAGGAACCGAAGAAGAUGCUGACAUGGGAUGAAUGGAGAGAGGUCUGGGAAAACAUAGUACAUACCAAAAGUGAGAAAGAAUUGGAUUUGCAGGAAAUGUUGUCCAAGGAAGGGGAGGAAGAGGAGGAAGAGGAAGAGGAAGAGGAAGAGGAAGAGACAGGCGAAGAGGAAGAGGAAGAAGAAGAAAAGAUAGAUGAAGAAGAAGCAGAAGACAGGAAAGAGAGGAGACAGAUCCGAGUGGCCCAGAGACAGGCCAGGGCAGACUGGAGACAAGCCCGAGCUGAGAGACGGAGAGCCAUGGAGAAGAGGCUGCUUGCACAUGAAGAGGAGAAACUCGCACAGGAAGAGAGAAGGCUAGCCCAGGAGGAGGGAAAACUAGCCCAAGAAUAUGUGAAAAGGGCAACCAAGGGUGGAAAAUUGGCCCACAUAGAGAUGACCCUCGGUGAGAAAGAGACCUUUCUGAGCCAACAAGAGGAAAUUUUAAGCCGUGAAGCAGAGCUCCUGGCCCAGAAAAAAAAGAAGCUGGCCAGAAAGCUGGAGAGAAUGGCUCAUGAAAAAGAAAAAAUUGCAAAAAAAAUAAAUAAAGUGGAAGAAGUGAAAUCAGUGUUGGCCCAGAAAAUAGAAACCAUGAUGGAAAAGGAACAGAAUCUGGCCUUGGAGGAAAAGGAGGUGAAAGAGGAAGCCAAGCACCAGGAAUUGGACGGCCAGGAGCUAGCUCUGAAAGAAGACGAACUGUAUGAGGAAGCAGAAAAACUGGAAGAGAAAAGGGAGGCACUGGCUAAGGAGGAGGAGAUGCUGGCCUUGUAUGAGAAGAACCUGUCAUUGGAGGAGGAGAUGCUGGCCCAGGAGGCAGAGCAGCAGAUGGAGGAAGAGAAAAGACUGGCCCUGAAGAAAGACAGAAUGCCUGUAGAGGAGAAGAGUCUGCAGGAGAGGAGGGAGAAACUGAGGGAGAAGAAACAGAGACUGGCCCAGGAGAAGGAGAGAAUGGCCCAGAGAAAGUCAGAACUCAAAGGAAAGAAGACAAGACUGGCCCAAAUGGAAGAGAGUCUGGACCAGGAGAAGCACAUGCUGUCUUUGGAAAAAGAAAGACUGGCCGAAAGGGAAAAGGCUCUCCAUAAUAAGGAAAAAAAGCUUUUGAAGGGGAAGGAGCAAUUGCAGGACAUAAAAGGCAAACUGGAGACAUACAAGGAGAAGCUGAUUAACUUAAGUAAGAAGCUGACGGAGGAGAAGAAUGUCUUUAUGGUAAAGAAAGAGAAGCUGAUUGUCACAGAGAAGAAAAUGGAGCUGGAAGGUAUGCUUCUGGCAGAGAAGCAAGGGAAGUUGUCUGUGGAAAAAGUGAAGUUAGCGAAGGAGAUCACAGAAGUGAUCCAGAAGAGCCGACUUACCAGAGGAGAGACCGAGAUUGUUAAAGAAGCAGAGGAGCUGACCUACGAAAUGCAAAGGGUGGCCAAGGAGAAGAUGGAGCUGGUGGAAGGGUCAGAAGAGCCCCCCACGACAGAGAUCAAGGAAGCCAUCUUGAGGAGGAGGAGGCUGGCCACACAUGAGAUAGAUCUAAUGAAGAAGAGAGUGUCGAUGGAGGAGAAGAUUCUAGCAUAUGAAGACAGACUGUUGGCCACAGAAGAAAAAGAUGCUGCCAGAGAGAGUCUGGAGCUUACCAGAGAACAGAGGAUAUAUGCCCACGAAGAAAGGAAGUUAGCCAAAGCCACCAGGAAACUGGAUAGAGAGAAGGGUGUUUCCAAGAAGCCUCCAGAGACUAGAAAAACCUUAAAGGCACUUAUAAAUCUAGUCAACAAAGUAAGGAAACUGACACAGAAAGAAUCAAAGAUGACAAAGAUCAAUCGGUCACUGUUAAUUAAGGAGGCCGAACUAAGUGCGGAGGAGAAGAGACUUGACGUUAAGGAGCUGGAAGCCAUAGAAGAACAACCAGAGAUAAUCAUGGAGGAGAGGAAGUUAGCUAAGAUGGAAAGACGUCUGGCCAGGCAAAUGAGAAGGCUGAGCACCGAAGAGAAGAGAAUGGCUGAGGAAGAAGGGCAGUUUGACUGGGAACCAACACAGGACUCAGAGGAGGAAUUUUACAACCUAUUAGAACAGGUAGAACAUAAAGAGAACUUUUUUCAAGACAUGGAAAGCCUGUUGGUUGAAGUAGACAAAGAGAGAUGGGAGGAGGAAGAAGAGGAGGAAGAAGAGGAGGAGGAGGAACAGAAAGAGGAGAAAGAACAAGUGGAAGAGGAAAAGGAGAAGAAAGGGGAGGAGAAAGGGGAAGAGGAGAUAGAAAAAGAAGACAAAAAGAUGGAAAAGAAGGCGCAUGAAGAGGAGGAAGAAAAAGAGGAAGAGAAAAAGGAGGAAGAGAUUGAAGAAAGUUCAAGUGAGGAGGAGGUGAAAAGUGUAGGCCACAUAGAAGAGGAAGAGGAGAAACAUCUAUGGGAAGAAGAGAGGAAGGAAGAGGCAGUGUUAAAAAGAGAAAAGCCAAAAAUACAGGUAGAAAGAAAGAAGGUCAUACAAAGACGGGCAAUGCUCCCCCAAGAGCUCCCUGUGCUCAAAGGGAGUGCUAUGAGGCUGAGCAGCCCUCUUGGGAAAUUGGUUCCAUUCCCUGAGGGGAUGGAACCAGAAGCGAAACAGGUCCCUGGGGAAGAAGAGGCCAGAGUGUUGGAGAUACCCACAACGACACCCAUGAUGUCCCUGAGGACAAAGGUGAUGGAUAAAGAGAGGGAGCUGCUGGCCAAAUCUAAACUGGAACCCCUACACCUUCUGGAGGUGAUCUCAGAGUAUAAAGCAGCUGGCAUGAUCACGCCAUUCACGUCUCAGAUGGUUAAAAGGGCCAUGGAAGCUCACAGACUCCAUCUCAGGACAAAGUGGCUUCUGCAGUACCACCCCUCUCUGGCGGGACCGAGGGGACGGCUGCGUCUCCCCAAGGUCUCGGCAGAGGAACGAUACUCAGAGAUUGAGGUAUCGGACAUCGAGUGGCUGCACGGCGUCUUGAAACAGAUGGAGGCAGGAGAAGAGCUUCCCAGAUACACCUUCCACAGACUAUGCCAACUCCUCAAAGACCUCACAGAAUCAGGAGACCUGCAGUGGCUACACCUGGCAGUCCUUGAAGCCAUUGUGCACCGUCAUAAGCAGGUUGCAGAUUCAAGAUCUUCAAAACCUAGUAGAGAACCUAUGAGUCCCAAACAUCUGAAAGUGAUUCCUCCCAUAAAGGGAAGAGAACAGAAUGACUGGCUGAAACCUUCAGCUGUCCCCAUACCAGGGUCAUUAGCUACCAAAAGGGUUACAGACCCAAAGGUUAUACACUGGCAACUUUUAGGAGAGCCACACAGAAGCACACGGCUGCAGCAGUUAUCCGAUGCCCUGGAUGAAAUGGAGACACAGUCUUUUGAUCCUACCACAAGAGAUAUUUUGACUAAUGCUCAUUCUUCCAUAAACAAUCAGACCCUGGCACUGAUGUUUCAGAAGGACUUUGAGGACCUUAAAAGUAAAAGCAGGUAUCCUAAACUGCCUAAGCUGGAGAAAAAGCCUAUCUCCAAAAAAAAGGAAGAGGUGCCUCCGUGGGAGACAUUUGUGGCGCUCUACCAUGUUCUGCGGAUGCUACAGCAGCGGUAUGCCAAAGACAGGGCUACUUGGAUGGAAAAGUUCUACCAGCUCAUGGACCUAUACCAGAUUAAGUCUCCUGGAAUCCAGAGGCUGCUGCUGGACCUGCUCCUGGCAGAAGAGCCCCAAUCCCAAGAGUUCAUCUCCAAAGAGACCGUGAAGGCCAAAAAGCUGAUGCCCGGGGAGCGGCUGCUGUACUGCUUGGUUUGUGGUGGCUCCCACCACCCACAAAUCCCUCCAGAGUUCCGGAAUGUCAUUCCCCUCCCCGAACAGAAUAACGUGCAUACCAUUAGUCCCAAAGGCAUUACCAAGUACGGAAUCCUCGAACUUGCCUGGAAGAGCCUGCCCCAAGCUGACAUUCACCUCAUCAGGAAAGAGUCCUGUGUCAUUGUUCCCACUCCCUAG